GUAUGUCAGAACCCUGCUACUAGAGCCUGGAUGUGGCUCUGAGUUUCAGGGUCACUGACAUUGAUAAGACACCUGCGUCCCAGGACUCGGAGGAGAAACGGCUGAUGGACUUGGCGGGGAAUUUGCGCGGGGUUUUACUGAGCGGGAAGAGACUGUUCAAAUGAGGGGGAGGGUAUAUAAAGGAGGGUUGGCCGGAGCCUCCCAUUCUUGGCUUUUCUGAUGUUCAUGUUUCCUACAGUAAAAGUUCCUGGUGAUACCACAGAGAGUCUCGUGUGUUCAUUCAGGAGCGGCUGUGGUGAGCUGACACUAAGCCAAGAAUACGGACACCAUCCCGCUGUAGCGGUGAGGUGUAACAUGCAAGUGGAGGAUGAAGAGCUCUUGGGCGCCGGAGGAGGAAGGUCGGAAAGGGCCACUCCCGAGACGGACGCUGAGUUCCACCAGCUGGCGGCCCUGGCGUCAUCCACCGCUUAUGCCCAGCCAAAUGGGGUAACCCAGAGGCGCGGAGUGGUGCGGGGAGAUAGCACCGGAGGAGAGGAAGGUUCACCUUCCCCAGGCCCGCAAAAGAUGGUGUUUCUGGAGGAGAGGAUGUCGGCGAUGGAGACCACCCUGGCAGUGAUGUCGAGGGCGAUGGAGCGCCUGGCGGUUUUGGCGGAGCCGGAGCGAGGAAGGGAACUCCGGGCUAGCUCAAUGUGGGACGUGAGCAUGGGAAGCAGCCAGGGCUUUGCAGACCUCCCAGCACCGAAGGGAAGGGAAAUGCGAAAGGAGCCCGGUGCCCGGCCCAAGAUCCAAACGAGCCUGACGCGGGUGGAGGAGAGUGACGACGAAGGGGAAAAGCCUCCGAGAAUCCCGGCUACGCUCCCAACUGAGACCCUGGUGCCCCUGGCGAAUGCCGGGCGUGGCACAGGACAAAGGGAAGCAGCAGCGGGGCCCACUGGCCCGCAAGGGGGCUUGCGACGGGCGGAGAAUUGGGGAUUGCCACCACAGGGACCCCUACCGAGACGAGAGGAACUAAGGAUCGAGUUUGGGGGAGAGUCCUCUGAACUGGAUUUUUUCCUGACCACGGUGAGGGGCUAUAUGGAGGACAAUGCCCACACUUUUAGAACGGAAUCCAGCCGGGUACGGGCCAUUGGUGCAGUGUUGAAGAGGGGAGCGGCCAGCUGGUACGUUCAACUACACGCGCGGCGCGACCCAUGUCUGGGGUCACUCCGACGCUUUAUGGGGGCCCUGGAGACCCGUUUCCGAGAUCCACUGGAGCAGAUCCGGGCGAGGGAGGAGUUGAAGACCGUCUCCCAGGGGCAGAGGUCGGUAUCUGAGUAUGCGGAGGAGUUCCAAUGCCUCGCUGAAAAGGUGCCGGAAUGGUCUGCAGUGACAAAGAUAGAACUCUUCAAAGAGGGGCUCAGGCGGGAGAUCCUCUCCUGGGCGGUGCAUCGUGAUGAGCCUGACACACUGCGCGGAUGGAUUCAGCUGGCGGGGCGCAUCGAGACAUCGCUGGCCCAGGCGAGGAGGCACCGAGGAGGGCUACAGCAGCGGCCGCAGAUGAAAGAGGGGAGCCGGAAGGAGGGAUCAACCCCAGCCGGGAGGAGAACGGAGCCGACAGGGAACGUGAGCACCAGCAGGAGGGGCUGCUUCGUGUGCGGCCGUUUGGGCCACAGGGCUGCCGAGUGCUGGCAGAGAAAAGGGGAAGGCGGAGGCCCGCCCAAACCAAGAGCCGUGGCAGGGAAACGCGCCGAGGAAGAACCACCGAUGAGGCACCACUCGGGGGGGUUGGACGAAGGGGAGGAGGACGCCAUGUCAGAACCCUGCUACUAGAGCCUGGAUGUGGCUCUGAGUUUCAGGGUCACUGACAUUGAUAAGACACCUGCGUCCCAGGACUCGGAGGAGAAACGGCUGAUGGACUUGGCGGGGAAUUUGCGCGGGGUUUUACUGAGCGGGAAGAGACUGUUCAAAUGAGGGGGAGGGUAUAUAAAGGAGGGUUGGCCGGAGCCUCCCAUUCUUGGCUUUUCUGAUGUUCAUGUUUCCUACAGUAAAAGUUCCUGGUGAUACCACAGAGAGUCUCGUGUGUUCAUUCAGGAGCGGCUGUGGUGAGCUGACAGU